AUGUUAGAAGGAAUUCUGAAACCAAAUCGCCAUGGAGAUGAGUAUAUCAACCGAAAAGGGAAACCUACUUUAAAUGUGCAAGCCACUUGUGAUGCCAGAGAGAUGUUCACAAGUGUUGAUGUCAGUUGGCCUGGAUCAGUGCAUGAUUCCAGAAUAUGGAGAAAUUCACAGACUAGAUCACAACUAAUAAAUAAAGCAAAUGUUGUACUACUUGGCGAUGGCGUUUAUGGUAUUGAGCCAUCCCUUAUGACUCCCUUCAUAAAUCCUACUCCGGGUGCAGAAAUAAAUUAUAAUAAGCUUUUAAAACAAGAAAGAGUUAUAAGUGAACGCUGUUUCGGCCAACUGAAACGCCGGUUUCCUAUCCUACAUCUCUCAUGGUCAUCGAUGUCAGAGAAAAUUCCAAUAUCGAAAAUGGUAGGCUUGACAACCGAUGGCGCUCCAGCUAUGCUUCAGGGGAGAUGCAAAGAACUAACAGAAAUGAUUUCUGAUAUAAAAGCGUUUAUCAAAAAGCUUGAGUUUUGGGAACAAAACUUAAUCGAUGGCGAUACCAGGCAUUUUCCUAUUCUUUUAGAAAAUAUAUCUCAAAGUCCAUUAGAAACACAUGACAGUAAAUAUCAUGUAGAAAUAGUCUCUACCUUGAAGGAUAACUUCAAAAAUCGUUUCAAGGAUUUCACCAAAAUUGCUAUAGUUGUGCAAUUUGUUGUUUCACCCUUCAUGGAAAUUGAUAUCCAACAGUUUGCAACUUCUGUUACGCAGAAUUUUAGCGAAGGCAUCGCUGCGACAGAAAUGUAA